AUGAUCAAGCAGUGGCUGGAGCACUGCUUAGACACACAUCAAGAGACGUGCCCAGAGACUGCAUCAAGACUUCCGAACCGAGUAAUAGAUGUUGGAAGUAACCACAGGAGACCAAGACUUCACACAACCGAUGCUAAGGAGAAAGGAAACUACUGUGCGCUUAGCUACUGUUGGGGUGAUAGUGUCGCGUUCCGAACGGAGACAUCCACUUAUGGAGAAAGAAAAACAGGUUUCGAUCUUGAAGCCCUCCCGAAAACAAUCAGAGAUGCUGUUCUGCUUGUUCGUGGGUUAGGUAUUCGAUACCUUUGGGUCGACAGUCUUUGUAUCAUCCAAGAUUCCGUCCUAGACUGGGAGUGCGAAGCAGCGCUCAUGGGUGAUAUCUAUUCCCGGGCAUUCAUUGUAAUUGCUGCUGUUGAUGCUCCUGAUAAUGAUACUGGCCUGUUCCAUGAGGAUGAACGCCGUCGUAUUCAAAGAGUCGGUGCAGAUCACGAGUCUGUAUUUGUGAGACAGGAUUUCCACAACGGCGUCGCAGGUUGGGGCAACGGGCAGCCGAUAAAGCAACUCACUGAAAACGCUUUGCAUAAAAGAGGAUGGACACUACAAGAAGUUGCUCUGGCUUCACGGAUGGUAUGGUUCAAAUCAGGCGAGAUCAGUUGGUCUUGCGUUCGCUCCACCGCAUGCGAGUGCAGACCAGAGUUGCUGAAUAUCAUCCAUUCUGAAAACUACAAAUCACACCUCUUACAAACCAUUGCAUACCUUCGAAGUUCAGGUGCCAACCGUUCGCAAUGGCUAGAGAAGUGGCAUAGCUUUGUUGGGGAUUACUGUACUCGCAAAUUCAGCGAUGUCAGGGAUAGACUCCCAGCCAUUGCAGGCGUAGCAAUCAAAAUGCAAGGCGAGAUCAAUUGCAGGUAUCUGUUUGGGUUUUGGGACAACGAGACAUUCUUGGAUCGCUUAAUCUGGCACUGUAAUAAGGCGCCCAAACAUGAAAGUUCCUUCGAUCCUCGUCAUUUUCCUCCAUGUGACUACGCACCUACUUGGUCAUGGGCGAGUUGCUCGGUGAGUAGCGAACCAGGAUGGCUAGCUCCUAAGUUGCGGUAUACAAACGUUUGGAUAUUGGAGUCCAUGAAGAUCGAUUUGAGUACAUCCAAUCCCUUUGGUCCUGGUCGUGGAGCUUUGCAUCUGCACUCGCUCAUCGUUCCCGUUACUCGAGAUUUCAAAGACAGCCGUCAAAUCCGCUACUCAGGCCCAAUGAAGGAUACAAUUACAUCGAGAUCCGAGAGCAAAAUCGCCUCAAGAGUUGCUGUCAUGUUGCUCAGAAACAGCGGAUUUGAAUUGAACGACAGCAGGAUCGACUACGUCCAUACAUCAGACUGGUAUCAGGGCAAGGAGCUUUCCUUCAUCUUCGGCAAAAUCGAUGACAAAACUAAAUCGGGCGAAUUCGUGGGAUUAUUGCUGGAGCGGCUGGAAGGUGCUGAGAGAGGUCUGCACAGAUAUCGGAGACUGGGUCUCAUCGUGGGCUCCUUCGCAAGACCAAGUGAGGUGCAAGUCGGUACUUCGUGGGAGAUUGAAAAACGCACCAGGUCUGAAAUCAUCUUUGUAAAGCCGACGUGGGAGUAUUGGCAGAAGUUAGGCAAGUGGGAAACUAUUGUUCUGGUAUAGACAGUGCAGGGUACAUACAGUUCUUCAAAUUCUUUAUCUGAGAGUACAAUUGCAUCAGAACAACAAAAC